GUCUCGCGUGAUGAAAUUUGCGGCGACGGGAUUAUGUGAGAGACAGGAGUAGGAAGCGUACAGCUGUGAGAGAUGUAAAUAGCGAUCCGGGACAGCGGAAGUGUUGGACAAUGGACACUGUUCUUGUAUAUGGAUUACAGGCUAAUGUUUGAACUCCCUCGCCCAUCUUUACUCAAUCCUCACACUGUUGUACUCGGACGAAAAACUUGCCGCACAGAAAGCUGUGUGGGGAAAAGAAGGCGCUGGCACCAUAGCAACUGCCUCUCUCUUCGGAAGUCUGCAGCUCACUGGAAGUAGGAGGCCGGGAAUACAAAGUACAGAAAAAUAGACAAAUAAAGGUAUGGGACCUGUUAGCCAGAAUGCUUGGGGCCUGGCGCUUUCCGGAUAAUUGAUCUUUCUGUAAUUUGGAUCUUUAUACCAAUGCAGGCAGCGGAGAGAGAUGCAUCGUCUCUGGCGGGUUCCAGCUGGUCGGAGGGAAGCCCAACAAUGACAGAAUCACACUCGGAGUCUCCACAAAGCACCACCAAAUCACGGGCAUUUGACCUCUUCAACCUGGUAGUCUCCUAUAAGAGAAUAGAAAUAUAUUUGGAGCCUAUUAAAGAUUCAUGGGAAGGAAUCAAAUAUCUACUGAGGUGGCAGAUGCCCCUUUGCUCAGUUUUUACCUGCAUCACACUAAAUAUUUUUCUGCUAACCCUAAAUGAAGUGGCUUGGUUCUCUGUGGGUGCCCUAUUCAUCUCAAUACCGGCUCUAAUUGGAUACCUCCAGGAGAUGUCCAAAAUCCACAUUCCUGAGCCUGAACUCGCCCGAAGAAAAUAUUACAGUGUACGGCGGGAAGAGCUACAGAAAGUUAAGCUUUCUCGCCAAGAAGCGGUGGCAGAGUUUAAAAGUUUUUUAAUUCACUUGGAGAGCAUAUUGAAUUUGAUUUGUGGCAGUUGCGAACGAGUCUAUCAAGUCCUCUACUGGCAGAAUCCUGCUGCCUCGUUUCAGUUCUAUGGAUUGCUGCUAGGUGCAGUAUGCAUUCUUUAUCUGCUGCCCUUGUACUGGAUUUUGGCCAUUGUGAAUAGCACCUUAUUUAUAAAGAACUCUGACUUCUACAGAGUUGUUGCCGAGUGCAAAGCAUCCUUGCAGCAGAAAGGCAGCACUGAGAGCAGCUCUAUAGGACCAGCUCCAUCUUGUCAAGAAGUAGAAAAUGGCUCAAUUUUGGAUCAAACUCCUACUCCAGUACCAACCAGUUCUGAGUUCUCCUCCUGCUUGGACGAGUUCACAAGCCAUAAACUGAGCUUCACUUGCACUGCAUCCCAUGAUCCCAGCCUUGCCAUGGAUCUUUCUCCCGGGAGUGUGGAAGAGGCAGAGGAGGCUGAACCAGAUGAAGAAUUUAAAGAUGCAAUAGAGGAACAACAGCUAAUGACAAUGGACGAGGAUGAUGUGUCCCAGUGCAGUGCUGAAUAUGAUAGCCUCCAAGACAACGGUUUUCUCAGCAAGAAUGAAGUCAUUAAAAGCAAAGUGUCUAAACUCACCGAAAAGCUGCGGAAACGAUAUCCCACCAAUAACUUGGGUACAUGCACUGGAUGCAAUGCUACAUUUUCAGUACUAACACGGAAGAGGCGCAGUUGCACUAACUGUGGAAAUAUACUGUGUUCGAGAUGCUGUUCAUACAAAGUUCCAAAAUCUGUUAUGGGAGCGACAGCUCCAGAUGCACAGAGAGAAACUGUGUUUGUUUGUGGAAUUUGCAACCAGGCAUUAAGCAAAUAGGAACUGAAUUAUCCCCAUGGACGCAACUGAACUAUCUUCUCAAUCAUCGGUUAUGUGUAGAGCCAUCUAUACAGUAUAAUAUCUCUGCUGUGAAUGUGGUAUUUACACAACUCUGUUCCUGUCUGCAUAUGCAGCUAUAGCAUUCCUGUCUCAAAUGCACUCUGGUAGUCGCCUAGUUGUGCAGUCGUAUUCCCGGGGAAACUGGAUCAGCAGCUUUGGCUCUCUUGUUUUCAGCAAAAUGUAGGCUUUGCAAGGUUCCAUGAUAACAGCAAAAACAUGACACCUCCUUAAGCAAGUGGGAGCCUAAUCAGAAUUUUAAUGUAGAUAUCAGGUUAGGAGGCGCACACUUUAAGUAGCAAUUUUGAGGUGAUAAUCCACAGGAGUUCUCCCCAUGUGGGUUUCCAAAGUUAACAUGUAUAAAAAAUAAACUAAAGGAUUGCACACUCAAUUUAGAAAAAAAACAAAAUAAAAAAGUAUUUAUUACAUCAAAAGAAAAAGGAACGAAAAAAUACAAAAGGUAACAAAAAAUUCCAAAAUAACUAGUGAGCCCAGCGCGUUUCUACCAUGGUGAUCUUCCUUAGGGGCACAAAAAAUCAAAAAGAAAAAGAUUUUUGAUUUUUUGAGCCCCUGAGGAAGAGUACCAUGAUUGAAACAUGUUGGGCUCACUACUUAUUUUGGUAUUUAUUGUUACCUUUUGUAUGUUUUGUUAACAUAUGCUUUUUAAUGUAAUGAACACUUUGUUUUGCUUUUCUAAAUUGAGUGUGUAAUCCUUUAGUUUAUUUCAAUCCAAAUUUUAAAUCUGGUUAUUACUGUAUUGCUGGGUAACACUAAGCAUGCUACAUAGCAGAAGUCAGUGCAAAUUGCAGAAGCAAAAUGGGUGAUAUUCAGAUUAUCCAGGAAGUUUGUAUUUGUCCAGUGUCAGUAGAAGCACUGAAUGCUCAGCUAUCAUUAUUAUAAAUUAUUCUACUGUAAGUACAUAGUUGGGACCAGUAGAGAUACCAUAGUAUUUAACUUUCACACUAUGCACUUCACUUGUGUUUUCAAUGGAGUGAACACCAUUGUUUAAGAAAUACUUCUUUUUGCUGUCUUGUCUUCCAUUGUUGUGCUCUUGUUUUUUUUUUUUUGUUUUUUUGCAAAACAAUUAUCAGUCUGCCUAGCAUUUAUCUUUUUUGGUCUUUUAAUGUUCUUUCUCUUGAGUUUUCCUUUUGAGUGUUGGAGGCCAGUUGCCUCCUUAUUUCUCUUUUAAUAGGUGAAAUUAAUUGGGCUUUGUGCAAUGGCUGCUUAUGAGUUGGGUGAUAUUAUCCAAUCCAAUACAUUAACUACUAAUGAAAUAUUGCCAUUUGGUCCUUUCUAAAACGACUAUGUUUUACUCCACUAACCAUGUUCAUUUCCGGCUUGUGUUCUCCCGGAUGGAAGGUCUACAAAGGCCAAGUAUAGUAUAUCUACGUAUGCACAGCUUUUUUAUACUUGAGGUGGGCACAAUGUACUACAAGUAAUCAGCAACACUGGAGUUCAUGUUGUUUCUUGUUUUGUGACAUUACUGAAUUUUCUUUAGUCUUUAAAAAUGAACAUGCCUCCUUUUUACAAAACAGAGUAUUAGUAAAUACAAAUCCAUUAUUGACCCCACCUUUUUAGCUGGCUGUUGAAAAGUAGGGUUGGGGUAUGGAUUGCUCCUCGGCAAUCAGUGAAGAUUAUACAUGUACAAAAGGAAAAACUUCAGGUUUUAUGGCAGUAGAACAUGCAUACUUUAUUAAGCAUUUGUAAAAUGUAUUAAAAAAAACUAAAUUCAAUAAAAUAAACAUUAAUUUGGAGGGGGGAUAUUUCUUGUUAAUUAUUAACCACCUGUGGUUUGGUGUUCCCUGAAAUUACAGCCUGAGAAGUUUUGCAAGCUUUAAUCCACAUGUAUAAUGAAUAAUGAGGUUUCAUGAUUAUCAGUUUUUUUUUCUCCUUUUAUUUUUAAGGAUUGAAUCUGUUUCCUCUUUUAAUACAUAUUCACGUACCCCACAAUACAGUUUAGAAAAAAAAACACUUCUAAAUAAAAUUUACAGUAUCAUAUAGGAAUAUACUGUAUUUAACUGAAAUACCUUCUGUUUUAAUUAGUCUAACAAUCCUUAAUGAUGGUUUUUAAAGUUGUGGCAAUGUAUUUAUUAUAUUUAUUGUGAUGCUUAUUUUUUGUAAAUUUAACCUAAUAUAAGAAAUAGUCGUUCAAAGUUAAGGGAAGAUAAUGUUUUAUUAUAGUUUAUCCAUUUUUGUUUAAAUUAUAUUUCUCGUUGUAUUUGGGCAUUACUUACAGCAAAACCUUUGCGUUUUUUCUGUUUUCUUUAUGGCACCAACAAAUAAAAUGAGCCUUAGAUCUUAUUUUAGAGACAGCCAUGGAUUCCUGCUCUUUUGAAAAGUGCCAGUGACCAAUCCAUUUAUACCACUGAUGUUGGUAGACCUUCCCCAGGCCUGAUAAUUAAUUGAUAAGGAUUUUGUAUUGUGCAGAUAUUAAUUAAGACUUGAGGGGCAUAUACUUCAUACAUUGUCUUAUCCAUUGACCUUCCUUGUGGUACAGUGACUGAGGAAUAGCUUUGCUUCAAGUUUGAACGGUUGAUAUUAUAAUGAAGUUUAGAGAUUCCCAACCUUCAAUGGAAGCUGACAAGUUCAAAGGCAAAAAAGGUUUACCCCUCCCCAAUAAUGAAACAAAACAUGGAAACUGUUAACACUGAAUGAACCUUUAUUGGUGUUUAAUAAUCAUCUACAUAGACAGGUUCUGUACAGGAAUGGGAUCUGUUAUCCAGAAUGCUUGGGACCUGGGGGGUUUUACGGAUCUUUCCGUAAUUUGGAUCUAUGGGAGACAGCCUUUCUUGAUAACUGAUCCCAUACCUGUACAUAGGGUUGAACCUUUUUGCCCGUCUAACUCCGGGCAGGGGGCGAGGCUGUAAUGUAACUGGGGGCGGGGCAGUGACACAACGGGGCUUGGUCGUGACUUCAGCCAGGGCUGUGAGGUGGCGAUUGGCCUAUCGCUGCAUGAAUCAUAGGAAAUCCUGCAUGGCUUUCCUCAUUUGGAAAGCCGGGCAGGCAGUUUUGACCCGGACACCCAGGUUUUUUGAAGGUUAGUCCGGGUCAAAACCGGACAGGUGGCAACCGUACCUGUACUGGAAAUAUUUUAAUAAAAAGUCAAAAUUCAAAAAUGAAAAAGGUUUCCUUCAGGUAAUUUAUCAUGAACAUAUUGCUUGGUAUGAGGUUGGCACAUACUGGUAACUGCAGUAUGAAUCUGACUUAUCACCAUAGAUUGGUAGUUAUAUAUUUGUGUUAUAUAUUUAGAGGAGUGUCAAGUAUAUAGAGAGGGAUGCCAUAAAUAUAUAUAUAUUUAUAAACGUAUGAUUUUCUUUAACACACUAUCACCAUCAUUUCCCUAAAAAAAAUUCCCUCCCCAACCAGCAAAAUGAUGCACAUACUGAUUUAGUACGUUUUUAUAAACAAUGGGUAGAUUUGCUUAAACCAUGGCAACAAAUCAGAUAAUUGCUUUCUGUGCUCAACCUGCAGCUAGCUGGAAAAAGCUGAAAAAAAUCUAUGGGUUAAUACUAAGGUGCAAAUUUGCCCACUGUCUAUAAAUGACCCCACCCCCAAGAACUAAGCCUUUAAAUUGCACUGGGGAGUAAAAAAUAUACAUUUAUGUGAAAAUAUGGUGAUAUUGUCACUUAAUGGAGCUGUAAAUUCAUCAAUAGAACCAUACUCCCCAAUAUGGCUUUAUUUUUCUUUUAAAGGUAAUGUUAUAACAGUGUUUUUAUCAUCGUGCUUCACUUUUGAGAACUGUGGCAAUCAAAUGUCUUCCUUCUGGCAGCUGCUUGCUCAGUUAGAAAGGGCUCCCUAUGAAACACCACAUUGCUUUUGCUAUUUCUUGUUCCCAACUACACCUAAUGGCACUGUGCUGUGUUUUAGGACAUAGAGCACCAUUAGAAUGAGUAGUGUCAACUGCCUGGAAAGCUCAUUUUGAUCACAAUGGUUCUUCAUGAGGCGACUGUAGAGCCCAUAAACACCGUUGGCAUUAAAUGAAUGUUGGUACAGAUAUACAGUAGGAUCCAUUAUUCAGAAAGUUCCGAAUUACAGGAACACCAUCUUCCAUAGGCUUCGUUUAAUCAAAUAUUUCAAAUUUUUAGAAAAUAUUUCCUUUUUCUCUGUAAUAAUAAAACAGUGCCAUGUACUUGAUUUCAGCUAAGAUAUGUUUAAUCAUUUAUGAAGCCAAAACAAUCCAGUUUAUUUAAUGUUUAAAUUAUAUUGUAUUAGACUUAAGAUAUAAUGAUCCAAAUUACAGAAACACCCCUUAUCCGGAAAUCCCCAGGUCCCUAGCAUUCUGUAUAAUAGAUCCUGUAUUUAAUUUUUUCUUCAAAAUGACUUUUUCUCACCAUGUUGCUAUUCUUAAUAUGUCGGUACAGUCAUCUGACAAAAUAACCAAUUUUCCAUGUAUUUUUCUAAAUAAAAUUCACAAAGGGUGCCUAGAAUUUCAUGUGUCUGGUUUAAUGUAUGUUAUUCUACUUCUAUAUCUUUAAUUGAUGAAUAAAAACAAAUGUAACCAAUUA